AAAAUUUCAAAGCGCACACCAACUAAGAAAAAUGAGAAAACGGCCGUAGCAAACAAAGAGAAGAGAGGAGCGGUACAUGGGGAUUACUAGCUGCUUUUCAUGGACUCGUCUUCCAUUUCCGUCUCUUUCUCCUUCCCCAAUUGUUUCUGCAAUUCUCCUGCCACUCUCCUUCCCCAUUUUACAAAGCCGAGGAGCUUCUCCUUCUUCAAUCCUUGUAAAACUCCAUUUCGAGGCUACCUGCAGAAAUCCCACGGAACCAUGAAGAGUGAAUCCUCCUCGUUUUCUUCUUCCUAUGUAAAUCUAGAUUCUGGGAAGUGCGGAGAGGAGAAAACUCUAGAUUGGAGUUCUACAACAUCCAUGAUAUAUGAUUUGCGUGAUAUCAAUCCGGAUUUGUUUCAACAGUUGGUCUAUGACGCUCUGGUCUGGAGUUCCCUUCAUGGACUUGUUGUUGGAGACAAAAGCGUUCAGAGGUCUGGAAUGGUUCCUGGCCUAGGGCUCGUGCACGCUCCGUUUGCUUUGUUGCCCACAUUCUUCCCUCAAAUUCAUUGGCAACAAGCGUGUGAGUUAGCUCCCCUUUUCAAUGAGCUUAUCGAUCGUGUGAGUUUGGAUGGAAAAUUUUUACAGGAAUCAUUGUCCAGAACGAAGAAAGUGGACGCUUUCACUAGUAGACUGUUAGAUAUUCAUUCCAAAAUGCUAGAAAUUAACAAAAAGGAGGAUAUACGUCUGGGUUUACAUCGUUCAGAUUAUAUGCUUGAUGCUCAGACUGAAUUACUUCUCCAAAUAGAGCUCAAUACUGUUUCAGCUUCUUUUGCUGGCCUUGGUUGUGUUGUCAGUGAGCUUCACAGGAAUUUACUUAACCACUACGGAAAGAAACUUGGAUUGAAUCCCUUGAGGGUCCCUGGAAACAACUCAGUCAGUGGAUUUGCCGAGGCAAUAGCUAAAGCUUGGAAUGAGUUCAAUAACUCUAGGGCUGUAGUUUUGGUUGUGGUUCAAACUGAAGAACGCAACAUGUAUGAUCAACACUGGCUUUCUACCAUUUUGAAGGAGAGACAUUUUGUGACAACCAUUCGUAAAACAAUGGCAGAAAUAGAUGCAGAGGGGGAGCUUCAACCAGAUGGAACACUUGUUGUUGGAGGCCAACCAGUUGCAGUCAUCUAUUUCAGAGCCGGGUAUGCACCUAGUGAUUAUCCUUCAGAAUCAGAAUGGAGAACCAGACUGUUAAUGGAGCAGUCCUCUGCAAUCAAGUGCCCAUCUAUUUCCUACCAUUUAGCGGGAACCAAGAAAAUUCAGCAAGAGCUGGCAAAACCCAAUGUACUUGAAAGGUUUCUCGAGAACAAGGAUGAUAUUGCCAAACUACGCAAAUGCUUUGCAGGGUUAUGGAGUAUGGAUUAUUCUGAUGUUGUAAAAAGUGCCAUUGAAAAACCUGAUUUGUUUGUGCUCAAACCCCAACGAGAAGGAGGAGGUAACAAUGUCUAUGGUGACAAUUUGAGAGAAACCCUACUGAAAUUGGAGAAUGAAGGGAGUGAAGAACGUGAUGCUUACAUCCUUAUGCAAAGGAUUUUCCCCAGUGCUUCUCCUGCAUUUCUGGUGCGAGAUGGUGUUUGUCACCAAGACCAUGUCAUAUCAGAACUUGGGAUAUAUGGUGCUUAUCUGAGGAGCAAAAAUAAAAUCAUAAUAAAUGAUCACUGUGGUUACCUGAUGCGAACCAAAGUUACAUCAUCAAAUGAAGGUGGAGUUGCUGCUGGAUUUGCAGUCCUUGAUAGUAUAUAUUUGACAUGAUUGAAUUGGUGUCUUUCGACGAAAGGGAAAUGGAGCAAUAAAGUGUUGACGUGUCCUGUUGGGGCCACUGUUAGGGGUUAAAAGAAAAACUCACAGGCUCAUACCAAGGCUACAUUGAACAAUAACUUUAAGUAAGUUUUGACAUGCAGUUAACUUUUAAAUUGGAGAGUCUGAACCUUAUCAGGUGCAGGAAAGCUGAUGUUUAUUAGAUCUUUCUGUUUACCAUGUCCUAUUGGAAGGUGCAAUGUGGCCUGGGAAAUAAAUUAUCAUAUGUUUAAUCCAUCUUUGUCAAUGUUGACUACUGGUGAUUACAAUUGGAGAACAGGAAAUAAUUUCUUUUG